GAACGAGGAUGUGCGUAUGUCCUUCACUGAUCAUUUUAAGAAUAUCUCAUGCACAUCAGAGCACAUUCAGCAGAGUGCGUUGAGGAACAAGUCAGUAUGUCAGGGACAGAAACCAAAACAGAGGUCUUCACAGUCACUGAGAUGGGAGAGCCGGCGGCAGAGAGAGGCACCAAGAGGACACACUUCUUUGAGCUGUGGGUGCAGCCCUGCCUGGCUGAGCUGUUCGGUACCAGCCUGUUUGUGUUCGUGGGGUGUGCGUCUGUUAUUGGGAACAUGGGAGCGACGGGGGUCACCCAGCCCGCUGUGGCACAUGGACUGGCCCUGGGAGUGCUGAUCACGCUCUUCGCGCAAAUUAGUGGGGGGCACUUUAACCCUGCGGUGUCGCUGAGCGUGUACCUGUGUGGAGGGAUGCAGCUCCCCCUGCUGCUGCCAUACGUCCUGGUUCAGAUGUUUGGAGGCCUGAUCGGUGCUGGUUUGACCAAGGUGAUGUUCCCCUCUAAUGUGUACGCUGCUUCCUUUGGAGGAGCCUUCGACAUAGCAGACACCGCUGAUCUGGGUAAAACCACUCUGGCUGAGGCGGUGAUGACCCUGUUCCUCACCACGGUGGUGUGCAUGGGCGCCGUCAACGACCAAACACGCUCCCCGCUGGCUCCGUUCUGCAUCGGCCUCACCGUGACAGCCAACAUAUUUGCAGGUGGGAUGCUGUCUGGAGCCUGUAUGAACCCUGCCCGAGCCUUCGGUCCUGCAGUGUUUGCCAACCACUGGAGCUUCCACUGGAUCUACUGGGUCGGACCCACGUGUGGUGCGCUGCUCACUGUCAGCUUCAUCAGGUUGCUGCUCGGUGACCAGAAGACUCGAGUUGUGUUGAAGUGACCGUGUAAUUUAUUAAAGAUGAAGCGAGAGGACGUCUCAACAAUCAGACUGUAAUUUUUAAAGUGUUCAGCAAAAUGUGUGCAAAUAUGUUUGUCCUUGAACUCGCCAUAGUUGUUGGCUCCUGCUCAAAGACAUGUUUGUAUUUCAAGAUUCAAUAAAGUGUUUGAUGAUAC